AUGGUUUGUUGUAUUUUAUGUGGAGCUAAUAGUGAAACUAAGAGAAUCGAAAGACCAGGUGGAUUUCCCGAAGCACCAAAAAAGAUCUUAUGUCCUCAGUGUGGUGAAAUAUCUGAAGGUGAGUAUAGAGUUGCAUAUGAUAGAUUUUGUAUUUGUAUUAUCCCUUGUUGUUGCAAAUGUAACAAUACUGAACCAUUUAUUGCUUGUAUUAGAUGUAAAAAACCAGUAGGUGUUAUAACUGGAAAUAGAUGUAAUCAAUGCGAUCUAGUAACAUCAUUUAAAUCUCAGAAUUGCCCAAAUUGCGGGGCAAGAAAAUAA